AUGAGGACAGAACAACGUAGCCAACCAGAGGCCGAGAUACCAUACAAGGGAGCAAUGGUCCCCACCGGUUUGGAUGAGGAAAAAUUACUUAAACGCGGAACAUAUUUCAAUGUAUGGAUUUUCUUUACGAACAGUGGAAACUCCUUGGAAUCAAGGGUUUACCGGGCUGUGGUAUUCUUAUCCACACGACUCCAGUCCACCAGCGCAAUUCCACAGACGACAGUACCAGAAACCAAGGAGCCUACAGGACUUCAUCAUCUCAAGUCGGAUUAUGCUACUCCUUUUGGCCUGUUUAAGGAAUGGUACAGAGAACACCAGCAUCCUAACAAAGUUGUUUCAAAUGCUCUCACUUUUUCCACAUCCAACAAAGCUGGGAAGUUGAGCUCCCGCACUCUCAUCCUUCGACGAUUGGACGAUGACGGGUUCGUUAUAAUGACUGACAAACGCAGCAAAAAGUGCAAAGAUCUGGAAGAAAACCCGUACGCGUCGAUGGUAUUCCUAUGGCUCAGCAUGCAUGAUAGCUCCUUACUCUCUCGCCAGGUUCGCGCCGAGGGGCCGGUCCAUCAACUGGUGCCCGAGGACAUGGAGGAGUUGUACCAGGUGGAACCCUUAUUCUGCAAGAUCAGGGCUCACAUCUGUCACCAGGGGCAACCCGUGGACUGGCAUAAGCACAAGGACAACCACGACAAAGUACUCGCCGAGUGGGAAAGAGGAGUUCACGACCUAGCCAGACCUGACCAUGUGGUGGCGUACAAGCUUGUCCCAGAAGGAGUGGAGUUCUACGAAGCCCUGGGUCUGACCAUUGGCGACCGACUGCUCUACGAGAAGGCAGGGAAGGAAGACUGGAAAAUCACCAGAAUCGCUGCAUAAACAUUCAAUUGUUAAAAGUCUUCACAAAAUGAUUAAAACUCCAAUCCAUUUCGUUGUACAUGAAAAAAGACAAGACAACCAACGAAUGAAACAACCUGUGUAAGAAUGUAUUGGUUUUAACUAAAAAAAAAUAAAAAUAAUUGUCAUUAAUGUUUCAUAGGUAGAGGAAGUAUUUUUCAUAAAAAUAUUGACAUAUGCAGUAAAAUUCUAGACACAUGACUCUUUAGAAUUACCUAAGUGUUUUAUUGGUCGUAUGCUCAUAAAGUAGAAAACAAAUCGGACAAAAUUAAAUCCCCCGUCGCAUUCACACCUGCAGAUCAUAGGAAUUUACAGUUGCUUUAAAAAAAAAAUUUAUUCCAAUUCAAAGCUAUUUUACUCUCUAUUUGAAUUAUAUCCAAACAUACGUAAUCAAAAAUUAUAUUUUGACAACUUUAAAUAGACUUCGAUCCAUAAGCGUGUAUUUAAAAAUGUCCAAAAAAAUCCAUACAGUACGUUAUUCCGGAGUGUUUUUUACCAUCCAACACAUUAUCAACCAACUUAAUAAUGUUGAGUGUAUUCAUAAAAGUCGUCAAGUAUGUAAUAUAGGGCACAUCUAGCAGGAGAAAAUAGUGCUAGUAUUUGAAGUAGGUUGAAUGAAGUAAUUGUUGAAAUAAAAUUUUACUCAGUUUUGCUUUUUCACUCUUGGCACUGUUUGAGAAAGGUUUCACUUUUGUAUUACAACUGUAGCAACUACUAAUGACCUUUAUAUUCACUUUUUUUAAAUAGUACGUUUACACAUAGAAAUCACAUAGAGUGCAGAUUGUUAAAGUAUAAACUGAAGCAAUAGUAGGAUUAUUUGUUAAAAUAGGAUAAGUAUUGUCGUUCAUAAAAUAAAUAUGUUUUUAAUAUGAAAA